UUCUCCUUCCUCAGCAAGCUUCGAACCAGAACCAAAUCAAAUCCCUAAUUCUUCCUCUUGCCCGCCAUGGAACUUCCUAAACUCAAUGACGAUCACAAUGGAGCCUUCAAGCUUUGCAAUAAUGAUCCUCUGAACUGGGGAAUCGCGGCGGAGGCUCUCAAGGGGAGCCAUUUGGACGAGGUGAGGCGGAUGGUGGAGGUGUACCGGAAGCCGGUUGUGCGCAUCGCCGGCAAGUCACUGACGAUAUCGGAGGUGGCUGCAAUUGCCAACCACGACGCCGGCGUGGCCGUGCAGCUUUCGGAGGAGGCUCGUGCCGGCGUGAAGGCUAGCAGCGAUUGGGUCAUGGAAAGCAUGAAUAAAGGCACUGACAGCUACGGAGUCACCACCGGCUUCGGUGCCACCUCACACAGGAGAACCAAGCAGGGUGGGGCCCUCCAGAACGAGCUCAUCAGGUUCUUGAAUGCUGGCAUCUUCGGCAAUGGCACAGAAUCGAGUCACAUGUUGCCUCACACAGCCACAAGAGCCGCCAUGCUGGUGAGAAUCAACACUCUUCUUCAAGGAUACUCUGGCAUCAGAUUUGAGAUCUUGGAGGCGAUGACCAAGUUUCUUAACCAGAACAUAACCCCAUGCCUUCCUCUCAGGGGCACCAUCACUGCUUCCGGCGACCUCGUACCUCUAUCUUACGUUGCCGGCCUCUUGAUCGGCCGACCCAACUCCAAAUCCAUAGGUCCUGAUGGCAAGGUCCUCUCUCCUAAAGAAGCCUUUCAACUCGCCGGAAUCCAUGGAGGUUUCUUUGAACUUCAACCCAAAGAGGGGCUGGCUCUUGUUAACGGUACUGCUGUAGGAUCUGCUCUAGCUUCCAUGGUUCUUUUCGAGGCAAACAUUCUGGGUGUCCUGUCGGAAGUUCUGUCUGCGAUUUUCGCAGAGGUUAUGCAAGGCAAGCCUGAGUUUACAGACCACUUGACUCAUAAACUGAAACACCAUCCUGGUCAAAUUGAGGCUGCAGCUAUAAUGGAACACAUUUUAGAUGGAAGCUCUUAUGUUAAAGCAGCACAGAAGCUUCAUGAGAUUGAUCCUCUUCAGAAGCCUAAACAAGAUAGGUAUGCUCUGAGAACAUCUCCUCAGUGGCUUGGACCUCAGAUUGAAGUGAUCAGACAGGCGACGAAGAUGAUCGAGAGAGAGAUCAAUUCUGUGAACGACAAUCCAUUGAUUGACGUUUCAAGAAGCAAGGCACUUCAUGGAGGUAACUUCCAGGGCACUCCAAUUGGCGUUUCAAUGGACAACACUCGCUUGGCCCUUGCUGCUAUUGGAAAACUCAUGUUUGCUCAAUUCUCUGAGCUUGUCAAUGACUUUUACAACAAUGGCUUGCCUUCAAACCUCACGGCGAGCCGAAACCCGAGCUUGGAUUAUGGCUUCAAAGGAGCUGAAAUCGCCAUGGCUUCAUACUGUUCAGAGCUCCAAUUCCUUGCCAAUCCUGUCACAAACCAUGUCCAGAGUGCAGAGCAACACAACCAAGAUGUGAACUCUCUAGGGCUAAUUUCCUCAAGAAAGACAGCUGAAGCUGUGGAGAUACUCAAGCUCAUGUCCUCCACUUUCUUGAUUGCAUUAUGCCAAGCCAUUGAUCUGAGGCAUUUAGAAGAGAACUUGAAGAGUACUGUGAAGAACACAGUGAGCCAAGUGGCCAAGAGGGUCCUGACAAUGGGAAACAAUGGUGAAUUACUGCCAUCAAGAUUCUGUGAGAAGGACCUGCUCACAGUGGUGGAUCGUGAGCAUGUGUUUGCUUACAUAGAUGAUCCCUGCAGUGCAACAUACCCAUUAAUGCAGAAACUGAGGCAGGUUCUGGUUGAUCACGCAUUGCAAAACGGUGACAGAGAAAAGGACUCUAGCACGUCCAUUUUCUUGAAGAUCGCAGCUUUUGAGGAAGAACUCAAGACCCUUAUGCCCAAAGAAGUAGAAAGUGCGAGGAUGGAGGUUGAGAAUGGAAACCCUGCAAUCCCAAACAGGAUCAAAGAUUGCAGAUCUUAUCCAAUUUACAGAUUUGUGAGGGAAGAACUGGGCACUGAUUUGCUAACAGGUGAGAAAGUGAGGUCACCCGGUGAAGAAUUUGACAAGGUGUUCACUGCAUUGUGCGGAGGAAAGUUGAUUGAUCCUUUGUUGGAGUGCCUCAAGGAGUGGAAUGGAGUUCCUCUACCAAUAUGCUAGGAUGUAAUAUUAUAGUUUCCGUAUAAUGAAAGCGUAUAACUGCUGAUGAUGUAAUAAUAAUAUGCCACAUGUAAUAAUGAAAGCACGUAAUUGAGUGAAUGUGAUAAUAAUAUCCAUAUAUCAGCUCAGCAUUA